AUGAGCUGUCGCAGUGCCGGCAAUGCUCUUGAGACUGUUGGUCCCGUACUUGACUCCAUACUCUUCCCGGCAGCUGCCGUGGAAAGGGAGCUGAAAAAUCUCAAAGAAGCAAAGUCCUCGGGUCCGGACAAUAUGCCGGCCAAAGUCUUGAAAGAAUUGGCGAAUGAACUCUCUAAACCACUGACAUAUAUCUUCCGCUCGUCAUUCGAAUUGGGGAGACUGCCAUCGGAAUGGAAGACUGCAAACAUCUUUCCGAUAUACAAGGGCGGGGCUCGCACUAAUGCUAACAAUUACAGGCCUGUUAGUCUAACCUGUAUCUGCUGUAAAAUAAUGGAGGCCAUAGUUAAGAAAGCAACAAUGAAGUUCCUGGAGCAGGGCCAUUUACUCUCAGACCUGCAGCACGGCUUCAGACAGAACCGCUCUUGCCUUUCCAGUUUAUUACUCUCGACGGAGCAAUGGACUCGCGCACUGGACGAGGAUGGUAGGGUCGAUGUCAUCUACACAGACUUUAAGAAAGCGUUAGACAGCGUCCCACACAAACGCCUAAUCUACAAACUUUCUGAAAUUGGGAUAAGAGGAAGGCUGCUGACAUGGAUAACGGAGUCUCUUAGCGGGAGAUCACAAACCGUGUGCAUUGAGGCCUCAAGGUCAACCCCUACCCCCGUUUUAAGUGGUGUACCCCAGGGCUCCGUCUUAGGGCCGUUGCUAUUCCUGGUUUACAUUAACGACUGCGUCGACGACCUGCGAUGCAGCGCCAUCAUGUUUGCUGACGAUGUUAAGCUGUGGAGACCCAUCAGAUCUGACGCAGACAGGUACGCGCUUCAAGACAGUCUCAACCGCCUAAACAGUUGGUCAGCUCGCUGGCUUUUUAAUUUUAAUGUGGACAAAUGUGUGGUCCUGAGACUCCUCACCAGACGGACCAGUAAGGAGGACGAUCCCUUUCAAUACGGCCUUGGUGGUCAGCCCCUUUCAAAUGUUGUGAUACAGAAAAACCUCGGCGUCAUAAUGACCUCCUCGCUGAAACCAUCAUCACAGUGUCAAAGGGCAGCCAAAAGUGCGAUAAGGAUGUUAUUUGCGCUGAGGCGAGGAUUUGUGCAGAUCGAUAAAGAGCUAUUCGGGAAAACCUAUGGGGCAUUCGUCCGGUCUCAAUUAGAGUACGCAGUCCAGGCCUGGCGACCGUGGCUGAAGAAAGAUUAUCAACGACUGGAAAGGGUACAGGCGAUGGCUACGAAGAUGGUCAAGUAUCUUCAUCAUCUGCCUUACGAAACCAGGCUGACCGAACUAAAUCUGUUUCCUCUAAAUUACAGGCAACUGCGCGGCGAUCUCAUUCAAACCUACAGGAUUGUCAGAGGUCGUGAGUGUGCCCUAGACUUUGAUGACUUCUUCGAAAUGGCCGGGACUGACCGCCUGCGUGGUCAUCCCUUCAAGCUGCAGAGGAAGCUGGCCCAUUCGGACGUCUGA